CUUUUGGUCUCACUUUACUUUGCCCGCGCGCUGCCAAUCUAUACAGACGCGUAUUUUUGAGGGUCUCUAAUCAUGAUGGAUUCUUCAUCUGUUUAGUGGUGACACUUGCCGUCAUCAUUUGCUUGAUUGUGAUGUGUGAAAUAUGAAAACGAAACAUUAGGUCUGGCCAUUGCGCAACACUGGGUGGACAUUUGUUGUGACUAUUAGGCUGGCGUGACCGAGAAACUCUUUGGACAAUAUGGAGCGCAACAACCAUCGUCAAUAUGAAGAGGUCUGUCAGAGCAGCGACAGUGACGAUGAUGAUGAUGGAGGAGGAGCUGACUUCGAUGAUGCCGUGGUGGCUACCGGGUUCGGCAAGUUCCACUACACGGUGGUGCUGGUGGGCGGUCUUGCCAACGCCAGCGAUGCCAUCGAGCUGCUGUGCGUGUCGCUGCUGCUGCCUGCCGCGCAGUGCGACCUUCAUAUGUCUUCGCAGGACAAGGGCUGGCUCAACGCCAUGGUCUUUUUCGGUAUGAUGCUGGGGGGCUACGUGUGGGGGGCGCUGGGGGACAUGUACGGGCGGCGGCGGGUGCUGGUGGUGUCGCUGCUGGUGAACGCCGUGGCGGGGCUCGUGUCCUCCGUCGUGCAGACCUUCCCUGCCUUCCUCGUCAUGCGCUUCAUAUCGGGACUGGGUGUGGGGGGCAGCAUCCCGCUGGUGUGGGCCUACACGUCAGAGUUCCUGCCCGCACGUCACCGCGGCCGCGCCCUCAGCGUCGUCGCUGCCUUCUGGAUGGUCGGCAACGUCAUCGUCGCUC